UAACUACAAUUAUAAAUAAAAAACCAACAAUCUUACAUAUUUGACGUAGAUAGAUUAUUAUUAGGCUACGUGGCUGGAGUAGUAGUGUUUUAUCAAGAGCCCUGAAUUAUACCUAAAAAUAAAAGAUAGAUCUGAACUAAGAUAUUCUUAAUUAAAUUGAAGUAGAUAAAUUAAUUUUAGGUUCAAAUGCUUUGAUACUCAUGUAGAACUUUUUAAAACUAAGAAAAAUCAAUCAAAAACUUCAAAAUUUUUAUUACAUUGAAAGAAGAUUUAAUUAAUCGAAGUAACUAACCUUAUUUUAGAUUCCUCACCUGAUGUAUGAUUAGAAGACUUUGAUAAAUAAUGUGAAUUAGAUUUCUGAAAAUUCUAAACAAACAAACAUGUGUUUGAAAAUUAGUAUUGAACUCGAAUGAAAAUUCUGAAAUAUAGAACGAGUUAGAAUAAAACUGCUUACA